AUGAUCCUGGAUGUGGAGGUCCUAGACUUGCGUAGUUACAUGGGUUCUGCGGUUGUGAGGCCGGUUGGACGUAUCUGCUAUGGUUGGGGAGACCCUCACUAUGUCACCUUUGAUGGAACAUACUAUGGCUUCCAAGGAAAUUGUUCUUACGUCUUGGUCAAAGAAAUCCUGCCAAAGUACAAUUUCAGUGUGGUAAUCGACAAUUACUAUUGUGAUGCCCCAGAUGGACUUUCCUGCCCUCAGUCUCUGACAAUUUAUUACCAAUCUUACAAGAUAUUCAUGACCAAGAAGGACGUUGAUGGAGUUUUCACAUGUCUGAUUUAUGUAAACCAGCAACGCAUCAUCCCGGCAUAUGAGACCAAGGACUUCCGCAUCACAGACAACGGAAUUGAGACCCUUUUAGUCAUACCAGCAAUUAAUGCCAAGGUGUCUUUCACUGGUCUUAUGUUUAGCAUAUACCUGCCCUGGGACAAGUUCAGUGGCAACACUGAGGGACAGUGUGGUUCAUGUGACAACAACCGGACAGAUGACUGCCGCUUGCAAAAUGGAACUAUCGAUUCAUCUUGUCCAGACAUGGCACACCAAUGGCAUGUUGCCAGUGCACACCACCACCACCAGAGCCGACGCCAACACAACCACCAGGCUGCGAUCCACCCAUUUGUCAUCUCAUUCAAAGCAAGUAAGUAG